UUUUUUUUUAUAGUACACAUCACUUAAACUUGGCCAUGCCCCCUCUUUGUUCGGUUGCUCCGAAACCGGAAAACGAUGGCACCGAACUGGCGUCGUCGGUUCCGCCUAUUCGGCCGGAGGUUUGUGACAACACAGCCUAUCGAUCCCACAUCGUACAGAACAGUUCUCACGCCUUUCUACAACGGUCUUUGUUCCCCGUAACUUUAAAGUUCGAGGAGAUUGUCUACAAGGUAAACUACGAAACGAAAGGAGCACAAAACUCGAAAGAGAAAACCAUACUCAACGGUAUCACGGGCAUGGUUUCCCCCGGAGAGAUACUAGCCAUGCUAGGCCCCUCCGGGAGCGGCAAAACCACCCUCCUCACUGCCCUAGGCGGCCGCCGCCUCUCCGGCAAGUUCUCCGGCAAGAUCACCUACAACGACCGCCCCUUCUCCGGCUCCACUAUCUAGUUGCUUAUGAGCACUCAUCAGAACGACGUCCUAUACCCGCACCUAACCGUUUUCGAAACCCUCCUAUUCACCCUACUAAGGCUCCCCAAAAACCUACCCAAAGAAGAGAAAACACGCCACGUGGAAAAUAUAAUCUCGGAGCUCGGCCUCGACAGGUGUCGGACAAGCAUGAUAGGCGGGCCCCUCUUCCGAGGGGUAUCGGGCGGGGAGAAGAAGAGGGUUAGCAUAGGGCAAGAAAUGCUGAUAAACCCGAGCUUGUUGCUGCUCGACGAGCCCACGUCGGGCCUUGAUUCCACCACAGCUCUGAGAAUCUUGAACACGGUCAAGGGUUUGGCGGCCGGUGGCAGGACCGUAAUUACCACCAUCCAUCAGCCCUCGAGCCGGCUCUACCAUAUGUUCGACAAGGUCGUUCUGCUGUCCGAAGGCUGCCCGAUUUACUAUGGCCUUGCAUCGACCGCCUUGGAGUACUUCUCGUCCGUUGGAUUUUCGACUUCCGUUACUGUCAACCCUGCUGAUCUUCUGCUCGAUCUUGCGAACGGUAUUGGACCUGAUUCCCAUCAAGGUACAACCGACAGCAGCAGCGACGACAAUGUACAACAAGAUCCAGCGUCGGUUAGAGAAUUUCUCGUCUCGGCAUACGACAAGAACAUUGCCACGAGGCUGAAAACAGAGCUAUGCAGUUCAGAUGUUAGCAGCUAUAGUUACACAAAAGAAUCAGCCACAAGAAAUGAUGCGAAAUCAAGAAAAUGGUGCACAACAUGGUGGCAUCAAUUCAAGAUCCUACUUUUACGUGGCUUACGCGAACGAAGAUUCGAAGCCUUCAACCGACUAAGAAUCUUCCAAGUCCUUAGUGUGGCAAUACUCGGUGGGCUUCUAUGGUGGCACACUCCUUCGUCCCACAUCGACGACCGCAUUGCAAUGCUAUUCUUUUUCUCCGUUUUUUGGGGAUUCUACCCACUAUACAACGCCGUUUUCACUUUCCCGCAAGAAAGGAAUAUGCUGAUCAAGGAAAGAUCUUCCGGAAUGUACCGCCUCUCGUCGUACUUUCUAGCAAGAACGGUCGGAGAUCUUCCGUUAGAGCUUGCCCUGCCCACGGCGUUCACGUUCAUCUUCUAUUGGAUGGGCGGACUUAAGGCGGACCCCAUCACUUUCAUCCUCUCUCUCCUAAUCGUCCUAUUCAGCGUCCUCGUUUCCCAAGGCCUCGGAUUGGCUUUCGGGGCUAUACUAAUGGACGUGAAACAAGCAGCCACGCUAGCCUCUGUGACAACUAUGGUGUUCCUCAUCGCGGGAGGAUACUACGUACGGCAUAUUCCCCCGUUUAUAUCGUGGCUUAAGUAUCUGAGCUAUAGCUACUAUUGCUAUAGGCUUCUACUCGGAGUUCAAUACAACGAGGAUGACUUCUACGAGUGCGAAAAGGGAGUUUAUUGCAGGGUGGCGGAUUAUCCGGCGAUAAAAGCGGUCGGUUUGAGCGAUUUGUGGGUCGACGUGUCUAUUAUGAUGGUCAUGCUCGUCGGCUAUCGGCUUAUCGCGUACUUAGCUCUACAAAGGGUGAGAUGAAGGAAUGGAUAACGAGUUUCGCCCGUUUUUACGCAGCUUAGCAAUAAUGUUUAGUUUUAGGCAUCUAAAAAUUUAAUGUUAGUAAACCGACUUCUUGCAUUAUCGUUAUGACAAGUAUAACCGAAAAAAAAGUAAUCGGUUAAUUCGUAACUAAGAGAAA